AUGCCCCGACCUACUUACUACAAGGGAAUCCGGAAGAUAUUCCACUUCAGGAAUCGUGGAAAGGCUCCUAAUCAGGGGCUAGAAAUCCAACCCCAGCUUUCUACAGCUGAGGCGAAUGACUCUACUACGAUUGCAAACGUUGGCGGAUCGUCCAGUUCGAACCCCUCUCUCAACCCAUCUGUCGUUGCGCCGUCUCAGACAGUAACCCCGACUCCGAAACCGCCGCUGUCCUUGGUAGAUGGCGAUAAUACGCCGAUUCGAGAGCUCUGGAAUAUCGCAUACGAAAAGUUGAGAAUUGACGACAAGGCUCUUGUCCUAAAAUACGAAAAAUUACUCGAUGGGGACCUAGGCGCUAACCUCAUCCCAACGAACGGUUCGAAACUUAGCCUGCGCGAUCGCACGCAUGGGAUCCUCCAACGCAAGAUGGACGAGGUGAAUGCUGCCACAUGGAAGCUGAAAUUCGGUACCACCGACGUCGAAGUCCGAGAAAUAGUGAAACCUGUCCUGGGCGUUGUCUCCCGUGCGAAUAAUUUCAUAAGUGCUGCUGCCAGCGGUAAUCCGUAUACGGCGAUUGCAUGGAUGGGUGUUAGUGUUUUGCUGCCGUUGCUCCUGAACCCUUCUGAACAAAUUUCCUCGCUCGUCGAAGGCGUUGAUUACAUUUCGUCGUUGAUAACUCACAGCUGGAUGUGGGAAGACCUUUAUGCGAGGCGAUACGAGUCAGACGCCAGCGCACACAACUCGUCGACGAUAUCUCAUGUGGCAUACAAGAAAUCCUUGGAGGAACUUUAUCGGCAUAUCCUCAAGUUCCAGGCUAGAAGCUAUUGCUACUAUUCCCACAACACCGGCUCUCGUCUGGGGCUAGAUAUUCUGAAAUGGAACGAGUGGGAUUCUCUUCUGAGUGACAUAAAAGAAAAAGAGAACGCCUUUUCUGAGAUUCGUAAGACCUGGCAGGAUAAAAAAUUUGAUGAGGAGUGUGAGAUAGCCUCCAGCCGCCAUGAGGAGGCCAUGCGCCAAUGGCGAGCUGUUGGUGGGCACAUCUCGGGACUUCGAGAAGCAGUUCAGACAGCUCAAAACGAGAAGCACCGUGACAAGUUCAUCGACUGGUUAUGUAGGGUCGACCCCUCUGAAGUUCAUAAUGUCGCACAGGAUAAACAUCAAAAGGGCACGUGUGACUGGCUAGUAAGAGACAAUGAAGACUUGAAAACCUGGCAGGUGUCUCCGAGCUCUAUGUUAUGGCUCCAUGGAAAACCUGGAUGCGGCAAAUCGGUUCUCAGCUCAUCCGUCAUUCAGCAUCUAGCGGAUAGGUAUAAACGCGAUCCGGGAUCUCCCGUCGCAUACUUCUUCUUUAGCUUCACAGAUUCCGAAAAGCAGAAAGUGGAUACAAUGCUCUCAUCACUGAUCAGGCAACUUUACAUGAGCCGGCCUGACAAACCAGAAGAAGUGGAAGACCUGAGCACCUUGUAUAAGGAAAAGUGCCUGCGCCCAGACAGCAAGACCCUUGAGAAUGCCCUCCUCGCUACAACACGAGGUUUUUCUUCAGUUUCUCUUGUUAUUGACGCCUUGGAUGAGUGUCCGACCGAGAAUGAAGAGCGUAGCAAGUUGCUUGCAUCCCUUGGUCGUAUAAUUACAGAGAUGCCGGAUAAUGUUCACCUUUUCGUCACUAGCCGGGCAGAGCCGGAUAUCAGUGCAGCAAUCAAUCCUAUCCUCACGCAACCCAGUCUGUUCAGAGUUGCCAUUGACCUGACGUCAAACCAAAAUGGCAUAAACCAUGAUAUAAGUCUUUAUAUUGAUUCAAGAUUGGCUUCCGGGAACCCAAGGCAUUGGCCGGACGACAUCAAAUCGAAAGCGAAGGACAUCUUACUAGAGAGAGCGGAUGGAAUGUUUCAAUAUAUCGUUUACCAAUUCCAAGCACUCGAGAAACACAAUUCCAAGCCGGAGAUAUAUAGUGCUCUAGAAAAACUCCCCGUCGGACUUCACGCAACAUACGACAGUGUUCUUCGAAAUUUGGAUCCAGAGUUUCAGGCCCAGGUUGUUAGUAUGCUGAAGUGGCUAGUGGCGUCGGCCAGGCCGCUAUUGCUCGAAGAGCUUGCUGAGACAUGGAUCCUCCGUCCCGAAGAUCGUAUUCCAUUCGAUGUGUCCCGCCGACUAUUCAAGCCACAAGAUGCUAUCAAAUAUGCAUCUAACUUAAUAAUAUCAUUUACGACAGAACAUGACGACUGUACAUAUGUUCGCCUAGCGCACUUUUCAGUCAAAGAGUACCUAGUGUCUAAUCCAUCUGUCGAUAAUAUUAGUCCGACCACGGAGUAUUCAUUUUCCGAAACCGAUGCCCAUCUUCAUCUCGCGCAUUCGUCCCUCAGCUGCCAUCUCUAUCGCAGCGCACUAACUGAGACAAAUGUAGAUUUCAAGCUCAAGGACUACACAGCGGAAUUUUGGCCAUUACAUCUUGAAAGGGUGCCGUGUGAGUUAUGGCCGGAAACUGAUGUCCGCCUUGCUGCACGCGCACUCAGGCCCGGUAGUAACAGCCUGCGAAUAAUGAUUAUGGCAAACUGCGGGACUUAUCAACCUUCCAUCCGCCGCUAUUGGAAAACAGAUAGCCGAGUUAAGACCCGCACAUUUAAUUAUUUACUGCAACGGCCUCACUGCUAUGCUAGCAGGCGUGGGUUUCCCAAGCUUAUGGAGAUGCUGCUUCCUGGUGGUCUAUUGGCAAACACAUACCUAGGACAACGAAGCUUGGAUGAGACCCUCGAAUCAGCCGCAUAUGAGGGUAUGAUUGAGAUUGUUCAGCUUCUUCUGGACAGAGGUGCAAGGUUCGGAUCGGCGUUACAGAUAGCGGUCGCAAAUAACCAGGAGACGAUUGUGGAGCUUCUGCUUCAACGCGGUGCCAACCCCGAUGGGCAAUGCGACAACUUGGGAUCGGCACUCCAAACUGCUGUAAAUUAUAAUCAGCUGGGAAUUGUAAAGUUACUUUUGAAAUAUGGAGCUCAGAUCAAUUCAUCCCCGAACGCCGGCAUCUUGGUACGAGCAGUGUGGCGUGAGAAGCUUACAAUGUUUUUACUCGAUAACGGCGCUAACAUAGAUAGCUCUAAUAGCGAAGGGGAGACAGCACUAUAUGCAGUGGCUAAUCAUCAUGGACAAGAUGCACCGUCUUUUCGCCUAUUGCUGGAGAGAGGUGCGAAUGCCAAUGCUCAGGGAGGAUAUUUCGGCAACCCAUUACAGGCAUUGAUUGCCAGAAGUCGAAAACCUAGGGGGGAUUUGGUCAAACUGUUGUUGGAUAAGGGUGCGGAUGUCAACGCCCAAGGAGGGAAAUGGGGGAACGCACUACAAGCAGCGUGCUUCGGGGGUAGGAUGGAUAUUGUGCAGCUACUGCUUGAUCGAGGGGCUGAUAUUAACGCCCAAGGAGGGGUAUAUGGGAGCGCACUACAAGCAGCGUGCUGUAAAGGUUCAAUGGAUAUUGUGCAGCUACUACUUGAUCGAGGGGCUGAUAUUAACGCCCAAGGAGGGUAUUAUGGGAACGCAUUACAGGCAGCGUGCUGUAAAGGUUCAAUGGAUAUUGUGCAGCUACUACUUGAUCAGGGGGCUGAUAUCAACGCCCAAGGAGGGUAUUAUGGGAACGCAUUACAGGCAGCGUGCUGUAAAGGUUCAAUGGAUAUUGUGCAGCUACUACUUGAUCAGGGGGCUGCGUGCUCCCGAGGUAAGAUGCCUCUCGUGCAGCAUUUACUUGAUCGGGGGGCCGACGUCAAGGCUCAAGGCGGGUGCUGCCAAAACGCACUGCAGGCGGCAGCAGGUGCGCCAGAUCUCGAAUCGGUCAAGCUUUUACUCCAACAUAACGCCGAUGUAAACCAGCAGGGCGGGUGGUUUGGCACUGCACUGUAUGCUGCCUGCGUAAAGGGGGUUACCGAUAUAGCGCGUAUGCUUCUUGACCACGGCGCCGAUAUCCAUGCCCAAGGCGGAAGUCUCCAAAGCGAAAGUCUCGAAACUGCACUCGAGGCCGCCUGCAGAUACCCUAAAGGAGAAUCGCAGCGCAAUCUAGUAAGCUUGCUUCUCAAGCGUGGGGCUAGUACUGACGUGCAAAACUUCUGGUUGGGAAGUCUCUGUUGCCGCGAUUUAGAUGCAACGGAUGUAUCACCGAUACUGAAACUUUUGCUUGACCACAGGGUCGAUAUCAAUGGAGUACAGGAGAAGCGGCAAACUACGACUUUGCAAUCUGUUAUCGAAUGGUGUGAUGAUGAUGAUGAUGAUGAUUGGGGUAGAGGCAAUCAACGGCUUAAAGUUGUUGGUUGUCUGCUUGAAAACGGCGCCAAUGCUAAUAUAGGAGGUGGUGUAUAUGGCUUUCCACUUCAGUCAGCAUGUUCAAUCAAGUAUUACGACGAUAAAGCAAUGUAUUUGCUUCAAGCUUGUCCUGAUCUGGAUAUCCAUGCAGUGGGUGGAUUGUUCGGCACGGCUUUACAGGCAGCUGCAUAUUCGGGCCAUACCGAUGUGGUGAAGAUACUAUUGCAAAGAGGUGUUGACCCGAAUGUGAGAGGGGGGAAGUAUAGAAGUGCACUAAACGCUGCCGUGUUCCAAGGCCACUGGUAUAUUGUUGAGAUGUUACUGGACAAGGGGGCUGUUUCAGACAGGGAUCACUUCCAAGAGCCCGACGAGAAGUGGUUAUCACUUGUUGGGAAGGAGAAGAUUGAGAAGGAAGAUGGGACUAGAAAAAGAGUUGACUAUUAUGGCAAGGCGGCUGUUGAUGGCGAGGUGGCUGUCGAGCGUUACAGAAUCUUUUGGGAAAGGCAGCCGUUAAAGGCAGAUGCAGUAUGA